AUCCAGCACAUUGGCAGGGUAAAAUCUGAGACCGUGUUUUUGGUAAUUAUUUAACUCUUUAGUUUAACCUAAAAAUGUAUUAUUCCAAACUUAAGACAUCAAUCUAUGCACCAGUAUAUCUUUGUAGCCAACUCGUACAGUGCACAUAUGCUAUUAUUAUUUACUAUUAUAAUGUACUGUGUCAUGUUAGAUGGACUUGAGGUCGGAACACAGAUUCCUCACUCUGUGGGAAAUGGGAGACUUACGGUAUGAUUUCAGAGCCGGACCGAAGCGCUUGCCCCUGAAGUAUGAUUUGACUCUCGGAAAGUGCAUGCGUGAAGAGUAAACAUCCAGAGUAAACAUUGCGGUCCGACCAUGGUGUAACCCUGCAAAGACAUGGACACAGACACCCCAGAUGAAUUACUCUCAGAGUUCAGAGAGAGGCGUCUAGGUGUUUGGGGUGUCCUGCAGAUCACUGCUGGGACAGGAUUAGCUGUGUAUGCCAUGUGGGCUGGGAUCCUCAUGCCAGGGUUCCGCAAAGUUCCUCUUAGACUGCAGGUGCCUUACUUGCCAGCUAGCAGAACUCAGGUGCGGAAUGUCAUAUCUUUGCUACAUGGAAGAUCUGGAGCUCUGGCUGACCUUGGCUCUGGAGAUGGAAGGAUUGUGCUGGAAGCAUACAAACAGGGGUUUUCUCCUGCUGUCGGCUACGAGUUGAAUCCUUGGCUCGUGCGGCUGGCUAACUUUCAUGCCUGGAGAGCAGGGUACUAUGGGAAGGUAUCCUAUCGCCAGGAGGAUCUAUGGAAGGUUGACCUCUCCAGGUGUAAGAACGUCACAGUGUUUCUGGCUCCAAGUGUACUCACUCUUCUUCAGGAGAAAUUGCUGGCAGAACUUCCUGAUGAUGCCUUGGUUGUUGCUGGUCGCUUCCCAUUCCGUGAUUGGACACCAUUUCAAGUGGAGGGGGAGGGUGUUGACCGGGCUUGGGCCUAUGAUAUGCAAGCCUUAAGACAACACAACAAGCCAGGAGUGGACAUAGACUCUUUACAGUCAUAAAGCGGAAGAUCAGUCUAGUGUCAGUUUCUUUCUGUAGUCUCUGUAGGCUAUAUGUGUAUAGUCUGUAUAUAGCCUGUAGACUAUAUAUGUGUGACACGGAACAUAAAGUUGGCCCAUUGUUAGUAUUUUUACCACAGAAUUAGGGCAAGAAGAGUUGUGAAAUUCUUUUACUAGUUCUCUUUUCUUCUGAGAUGAGUCCUCACAGAAGGAGAGAGCAAGAAGAACAUUAGCUCCUUAAUGAGGUCUUUUGCGGUCAUCUGCAUGUGCUUAAGAUUUUUUUUUUGACUAGUGGUGCAUGUGACUCACCACAGUCAGACUUCUGUUGUGGAUUUAGUUUUUCUAUAUAUGCUGUCUGCCUGAUGUCAGCUCUUUUUAUGUUUGUUUUAAAGCAUGUUUUAUAAUGCAUUAUGUAAUUUUAUGAGCAGAGAAAUAUUUGGUUAAUAUAUUUAUGAAAUCUUAUCAGUCUUUUAAAAUGAAUUGUUUGGGUCUAUGUGGUUUUUACAAUGAAGAUAUAUUGAGUUUCAUUUUAGGAUACAUGCACUGUUCUAACUUUGACACAACGCAUUGCCUGCAACUUCAGGUUAGCCACAUCCUCUGAGCUGUGAAAAACGAACAGAAAAAUGGGGCACCGUCAAGAAUAUUUGUACAUACAAAUAUUGAAAUGUGAAACGUGGAAAAUGAAAUGUUAUUAAAGGCGUUCUGUUCCAUUA